AUAUAUUGUCGUCGGCUGUUCCAAACCUUUUUCUCCAUUCUUUCAAACCUCACUUUCAUCCCCAUUUCCUAUUUCUUAGGUUUGUGAGUGAAGAAAAAGGAAGAAUGGCUAGUAGAGUUGAUCAUGAGUACGAUUAUUUGUUCAAGAUCGUGUUGAUAGGUGAUUCAGGUGUUGGAAAAUCUAAUAUUCUUUCGAGGUUUACCAGAAAUGAGUUCUGUUUGGAGUCUAAAUCCACAAUUGGAGUUGAAUUUGCUACUCGCACUCUUCAGGUUGAUGGAAAGACAAUAAAGGCUCAAAUUUGGGACACAGCAGGGCAAGAAAGAUAUAGAGCAAUCACGAGUGCAUACUAUAGAGGUGCAGUUGGUGCCCUUCUGGUGUACGACAUCACCAAAAGUCAAACCUUUGACAAUGUCCAAAGGUGGUUACGUGAGCUAAGAGACCACGCAGACUCGAACAUUGUGAUCAUGAUGGCUGGAAACAAAUCAGAUCUGAGCCACCUUAGAGCCGUGGCUGAACAAGAUGGCCAAUCUUUAGCUGAAAAAGAAGGCCUUUCGUUUCUUGAAACAUCAGCACUUGAAGCGUAUAAUGUUGAAAAAGCAUUUCAAACGGUUUUAACACAAAUAUAUCAUAUAAUUAGCAAGAAAGCAUUGGCGGCACAAGAAGCAAAUGGCGGUGGUGCUAGUGCUUUACCUGGGCAAGGAACCACCAUUAACGUCGGUGAUUCAGGUGCAAACACAAAGAGAGGUUGUUGUUCAACUUGAGUUAUCUCCAUGAGGAUUUGGUAAGAAAAGUCUAUUUCAUCAUUCUUUUUUUUUUUUUUUUUUGCUUUUGUAAUCAAGAAAUACUUCUCUUUGACAUUGUAGAAUACCAUCUUACUUGAGAACAAAUAUUGUGAAAGUUGAACCAUGGUUUAGUAUUUAUCCGCUUUGAUGGUUGUAUUAAGUCAUAUUGUAUGUGUGUAGUACCCGGUGACAUUUAUACGUUGUUGACUUUUUUGUUUCGGUUUUA